AAGCGAUUUCAUGCCCAGAAGCGAGAGACGAUUGUAAUAUAUAUACGGAGAAUAUUUCAAUUGCUACAGCGCAAUAGCCUAUACUUCAAUUUGGACACGCUAGUUUCUUCGAUUCUGGAACGACGACACACCCAAAGUCCGGAGCUAGUCUUGAUCAUGAUUUCCCAAAUGUACGUUGAGCUCUGCACGUGUGGUUUUGUUUCAAAGAAGAAUGCUGGUAAUGAAACUUUUUGUAAGGAUAAAAUGGGCGUUGAAGCAGGGUGCAAAGGUGCAAACAUAAGUUCUCACGAGGAUAAUCAUGAAAACAUUUGUGAUUUGUGCAAGCAAGAUGGAAAAAGCCUGAUAUGUUAUGGUAAAGGUUGUAGGAGAUGUUACUAUCUCUUUUGUUUAGGUCCUCCUUUGGAUGGUGUUCCAUCUGGAGUCUGGCAUUGUCUCUGUUGUGUGAAGAAAAAGAUAGAAUAUGGUGUUCACUCAGUGUAAAAGGGAAUAGAGUUGAUAUGUGAUGCUAGAGAAGUGGGAGUAUCAGGUCCCAAAGGUUUGAUAGACCUGUGUCAUUAAACUAUUUUUUUGGAAACACAGAUAUGUAAAUUGACUUCUAAUGCUUAUUAUUUUCUCCUAAUAGCUGAGAUUUUGUUCAUGUCUUCUUUAACAUUAUGUUCGGAACGCAAAGGCAGAAACAGUAUCUUGUCAAGUAUCAAGGUCUUGCCCAUGUUCACAACGACUGGCUUCCAGAAGAAGCAUUGCUUAUUGAAGUGCCAUCCAUUAUCGCAGACUUUAAACACAAAAAUCAUGGUGUUAGUUGGAACUCGGAAUGGACAAUACCUCAAUGUUUACUGAAGAAAAGGUUAUUAUCUUUUUCCAAGCUGCAUAGGAAAAACAAAGAUCUUGAUGUUGACAAUGAUUUAGAAUGUAAACACGAGUGGCUUGUGAAGUGGAAUGGCCUUGAUAUUGAGAAUGCCACAUGAGAGUUGGAGAACGCUGAUUUUCGUUGUUCAUCUCUUGGUCUAAGGCUCAUUAAGGAUCAUAGCCACCUCGAAUGAUACAAGAUCAAGAAUCAAUAUGAGAGAUACCAUUCCGUUUUUACUUUCGGUGGAAUUACAAUCGAGAUAGAUGUGACAAGAUGAAAUGAAAAGAUGAAGCUUAGAUGUUAAGUGUUUAGGAUACUUUUGUCAUGUUUAUUACUAUAUUUAUUUUAUGUCAAAACCCUAUUAUAUUAACAAUUGUGAACCUUUGAUCGAACAUCCGUAAGGUAUCGUAGAGAAGGUUCGGCGUUGGAAUAUUGAAAUUAAGGAGUUAAUCGUCGGAAUCAUUGUUCAUCGACAUAUCCAAAAUCCUGGACAGCAACUAUCCCUUGACUUCAGGUCCAAUUUAUGCUAUCUUACAUCUGUUAAAACGAAAUACUUUCUAUACGAAAGUUAUAGCCUUACAUCUUAGAAAUCUACAAAAUCAAACGGUUUGCAAUUCCGUGAAGAAACGAUGGAGAUAUGCCCAAAAUACCGCAUGCUGUCCAGUUGUUACGAAAAUGACAAAGUUGGCAAAUUUCGAUGUUGUUUCCACUCCCGCUCAUCCAUAAGGUUUCGGCCGAUGAUUUCCAGGUCUGUACCUUUGCGUUAGACUUGUCAAAU